AAACCAGCAAAACCACAAGUCCCGUGACACCGCGCAAGAAGACGAGUACAACAGAGGAUCAAAAUGAGGCUACUGAUCCACAACAUGCUAUCAUCCAACAUCAAGGGCGUGAUCAACGGCUUCCCUCUCCGGAUCGAAGUUGACAAGGUUGAGGAGAAGCAGGUAGACUUCGACGCUGCAUUCCUCAGAAAAAUGUUUCACAAGAUCGAAUGGAAGGCCCUCCUCGACGCUGCGCUGACCCUGGGCUAUGCUGAACUUCCCGAAGAGGCUCCCGAUUCGUCCGUGCUUGAAUCUGAUGAGUUCUUGCAGAAAUUCCACCACGCUCUCUUAGAGCUCGACCUUGAAGAGGGUGCUCUGGUAUGUCCAGAGACGGGUCGCAAAUUCCCUGUCACUAAGGGGAUUCCCAAUAUGUUGCUUCAUGAGGAUGAGGUCUGAGAGAUUGCCGUAGCCGCCGGGUCGUGUGAGACAGAGAGUGCGUCAUUUUUAGGGUUCUUGGGAUUUAGUAAUUUGAUUUUCAGUCUCUGAAAUUAAUGGAACUUGUUUUGCUGUUCAAAUAGGAAAACCCUAGGACUCUUGAAAUAUUUUCAAUCAAACUCUCCUAUUGUCAUUUUGCAUCUCCACUUUCUAUCAGAUUUUGCAUUUGUUAA